AUGGCUUCAACCAACCCUGUCAUCACCUUCGCCGUGCGCGGCACGCAAGUUCUCUUUGCCAUGGUCGUCUUCGGGCUCUCGACAACGCUGAUUAAAGGCCAUCACUAUGGCAAGAUACCAUCAACGCUGAGCUUCGUUGCUUUUGUGGGUGCAGUCUCGAUCAUUGCCGCUCUGCUCGGGGUAGCGUCGCACUGGAUGCAUGUGCUGCAGGGCCGGGUCGGGGUGAUAAUCGACGCGGUGGUUGCAGUGCUGAAUGCCGCCGGGGGCACUCUACUAGCGAUCAAACUCGGAACUCUGUAUGUCAACCCCAUCAUCUGUGGAGGAGCCGGCGUCGACGUAUGCUACUGGGCGUUCUAUAUGCAAAAGCUGUUGAGUCGCUGCAAGAUGAGCAAGGCGGAUUCGGUCUUCCUGUUCCUGACGGCCAUGGUGGUGGGUGGGGCUGCUGCAUUGGGGUACAUUAGAUCGAAGAAGGAACACUGA